CAUAUCGCCAGCUUCCCCCACGGCUGGACGUCAUACCCAUGCUCUCAUUUGCUUUUCACUCAGGAAUUGAUUAAAUACUCUUCUUUUGCUCCCACCUGCAUCAACCAUGGCGGACAUGCCCAUUGUGCUCGACGGAGGAACCGGUUUCCUUAAGGUCGGAUAUGCUGCGCAGAACUUCCCAGAGCACCAGUUCCCCUCGAUAGUGGGGCGGCCCAUCCUACGAACGGAGGAACAGGCUGGCGACAUUGUCGUCAAGGAUAUUAUGUGCGGAGAUGAAGCUGCUGCGGCUAGAUCAAUGCUUCAAAUAAGCUACCCUAUGGAGAAUGGUAUUGUGAAGAAAUGGGACGACAUGCAACACCUAUGGAACUACACCUUCUACGAAAAGAUGAAGAUCGAUCCUACCGGUCGCAAAAUCCUCCUCACCGAACCCCCGAUGAACCCCCUGAAGAACCGCGAGCAGAUGGCUGAGGUCAUGCUGGAACAUUACAAUUUCGGAGGCGUAUACGUCGCAAUUCAGGCUGUCCUCGCUCUAUACGCUCAGGGUCUCAGCAGCGGAGUUGUCGUCGACUCCGGUGAUGGUGUCACUCACAUCAUCCCUGUUUAUGAAUCGACCGUUCUAAACCACCACAUCCGCCGACUCGAUGUUGCAGGCCGUGAUGUCACGCGCAACUUGAUUGCUCUCCUCCUUCGCCGCGGCUAUGCGCUAAACCGUACAGCCGAUUUCGAAACCGUGCGCCAGAUCAAGGAGAAGCUCUGCUAUGUCUCCUGCGACUUGGAGCUAGACAAGAAGCUUUCCGAAGAUACCACUGUGCUUGUGGAAUCCUACACUCUCCCCGACGGCCGUGUCAUCCGAGUCGGUAGCGAAAGAUUCGAAGCCCCCGAAUGUCUUUUCCAGCCACACCUAGUGGACGUAGAUCAGCCCGGUGUGGCUGAGAUGCUGUUCAACACCAUUCAGGGUGCUGAUGUUGAUGUGCGCUCCAGCUUAUACAAGGCCAUCGUACUCAGUGGAGGAAGCAGCAUGUACCCCGGUCUCCCCACGCGCUUGGAGAAGGAGCUAAAACAAUUGUGGUUAACACGGGUGCUCCAAGGAAACCCAGAAAGACUGAACAAAUUCAAGGUUCGCAUCGAAGACCCGCCUCGACGACGACACAUGGUCUUCCUGGGAGGUGCCGUGCUCGCAAACUUGAUCGCAGACAAGGAAGAUAUGUGGGUUACCAAGCAGGAAUGGGAAGAACAAGGCGUUCGUGCCCUGGCCAAGCUCGGCCCCAGAUAAAUCACACCAUCUACCCUGAUCCUUUACCCGACCUACUUAACUCUUCAGCUAGCGUGUCUUGUGUGCUUGUUGCCGUCUGUUUGUCUUUGAAUGAAAACUCCCUCAAACCCCUUUUGUGGAUGUCCAAACCUCUUUCUUGUCGAUAUACAUAUAAACAUUCUCUGAUUACUCCUGAUAUCAUAUCAUAUAGGGCCAAGGUCGUCAACAACGUACCUUGCCUGCAUCUUUUGCCUCUCUUUCUGUGUUGUGUAGCUGCUUAAGUACUACAGUAUAGAGAACUGGAGCUAACCUAACGCCAAUGAUAUAUAUU